GGUACUCUGAGGAGGAGAUCAGGCAGAAGGUCGGCACCUUCAGACAGAUGCUGAUGGAGAAAGAGGGGGUGAUCACCAGAGAGGGAGCGCACACACGCCCACCGUAAGUCACACUCUCUUCCGUAUCUCUCUGUUGCUCUCUCUUUCUCUAUAUAUCUGUCUCUGUUACCACGCUUUCUCUCUCUCUCUCUCUCUCCCUUCUUCACACACACACAAACACACACACGCCAACCCACAUCAUAUCUCUACAUGUAUUUUCAGUUAAAUAUCCCCUCUGGCCCUUCCCUAUGUCCCCAUGCAUCAAUUGAAAUAGAAUAUGAGCCAGAUGGUUAUCACUGACUACUAGGUCUGUCAUCAUCUUUGUGUGUUGUCCUCCUCUGUGUGAGCUAGUCAGCCGGUAUCUGUUUAGGGACUCCAGUCCCAUCUCAGAGCACCCUUCCUCUUUUAUAGGCCUAUCAGAUCAGGAUCUCCAGUCCUGUCGUCCCGCCACAGAGCUAAUGAUCUGUAAUGGUUCUGAUGCCCCGUAUCAUCACAGAGGGCUGACUAAUGACUGUCUCUCCCUGGCAUGCAUUGUCUCCCUGGCAUGCAUUGUCUCCCUGGCAUGCAUUGUCACCUUGGCUGUGAGCUGACGUUUGCCUAUGCAUCAACUCUUACAGAGGGGGGGAGGGAAGGAACUUGUGGUGGAAACUCGUCUCUCAGAUGUGAAUUUGGCCCUGUUCCUGAGGCAUGGACAUAGUUCUCCCUUCUGCGGCAUUCAGAGCUCAGGAAAGCCUCGUUGUGGAAAAUUGAGACAGGAGGGUAGCAAUUAGCAAAAUAGUUGCUCCUUUGAGCCAAGUUUACUGACUCUCUGUGUUUUCUCACACACACAUUUUAGUCAUUUAGCAGACGCUCUUAUCCAGAGCGACUUACAGUAGUGAGUGCAUACAUUUUCAUAUUUGUUCAUACUGAUCCCCCGUGGGAAUCAAACCCACAACCCUGGCGUUGCAAGUGCCAUGCUUUACCAACUGAGCCACAACACGAACACACACACACACACACAGACACACACACUCUGAAUGAGCCAGGGCUUUUGGUCAGUUAUCAUUUUCAGCCAUAAUAUAAAUUAAAUCCGGAGGUACUUUAUAACUUCCUCCUGUGGUUUCCAUGGGGAUAAGGAGCAGUAGAGUGCAGUAGCAGCAAUUUGCUUGUCUGUUGUUUCAUGCAGGACCAGCAGAAUGCUUCUGCUCCCAUAGGCCAUAAUGUCUGCUCUUCAUUGAACAAUCAUGAUCAGAGCCCAGCAAAAAGCCUUCCUCAUUAGUGAUUCUGACCAGGAAGAACACGCACAGAUUCUGCAGAACAAGCAAUAACUACCACCACUUGACAGUCUUUAUCCCUACUGCCAAGUGUUCCUCAUAUCUCAGUUCCAACAUGCUCCUCCAUUGAUUUCAGCCUGAGCUCAGGGGAUGGUAGGAUAGGAACAUCUCUCUCUCUCUCUCUCUCUCUCUCUCUCUCUCUCUCUCUCUCUCUCUCUCUCUCUCGCUCUCGCUCUCGCUCUCGCUCUCUCGCUCUCUCUCUCUCUCUCUCUGCUUGUGUGUCUGUUUGUUUUGUAUGUAAUGUGCAAUAUCUAUGUAGGCUGAAUUCUUAUAUACUCUUAUAUAUGUUUGUCAUAUUUUUGCUGUUGGGAAGAGAAUAGGAUGUUAUGCAGAACAAUCUGUUGGUAGGACAAGGGUAUGUAUGUUUGUGCACAUGGAAGUCAGUGAUUUAUGUUUACUAUAGGUUAAUGAGGUAAUACAAAUGUGAUGUGACUAAAAUGUGACUAAAAUGAAAGGGCAUUUGGUUUACUAAAAUGGCCCACAGUUUUCGUCAUUUUGACAAUAACUAGACUAAAUCAUUAUUCAAAUGACAAAAAUGUGACUAAGACAUAAUACUAUUUUAGUGAAAUGACUAAGACUAGACAAAAAACUAAAAGAGUGCCAAAAUUAACACUGCUUCAGAGACCCUAAAAUGGUUCCCCUAUGGCAGGGGUGUCAAACUCCAAGGAGGGCAGAGUCUCUGCGGGUUUUUGGUUUUUCCUUUCAAUUAAGACCUAGACAACCAGGUGAGGGUAGUUCCUUACUAUACUGAACAAAAAUAUAAACGCAACAAUUUCAACGAUUUUACGGAGUUACAGUUCAUAUAAGGAAAUCAAUCAAUUGAAAUAAAUAAAUUAGGCCCUAAUCUAUGGAUUUCACAUGACUGGGCAGGGGCGCAGCCAUGGGUGGACCUUGGAGGGCAUAGGCCCACCCACUUUAUUUUUAUUUAUUUAUUUCACCUUUAUUUAACCAGGUAAGCCAGUUGAGAACAAGUUCUCAUUUACAACUGCGACCUGGCCAAGAUAAAGCAAAGCAGUGCGAUAAAAACAACAACACAGAGUUACAAAUGGGGUAAAAAAAACAUAAAGUCAAAAAAUAUAACAGAAAAUAUAUAUAUACAGUGUGUGCAAAUGUAGCAAGUUAUGGAGGUAAGGCAAUAAAUAGGCUAUAGUGCAAAAUAAUUACAAUUACUAUUAACACUGGAAUGCUAGAUGUGCAAUUGGGAGCCAGGCCCACCCACUGGGGAGCCAGGCCCAGCCAAUCAGAAUAUGAUUUUCCCCACAAAAGGGCUUUAUUACAGACAUAAAUAUUCCUCAGUUUCAUCAGCUGUCUGGUUGGCUGGUCUCAGACGAUCCCACAGGUGAAGAAGCCAGAUGUGGAGGUCCUGGGCUGGCGUGAUUACACGUGGUCUGUGGUUGUGAGGCUGGUUGGACGUACUGCCAAAUUCUCUAAAACGACGUUGGAGGCAGCUUAUGGUAGAGAAAUUAACAUUAAAUUAUCUGGCAACAGCUCUGGUGGACAUUCUUGCAGUCAGCAUGCCAAUUGCAUGCUCCCUCAAAACUUGAGACAUCUGUGGCAUUGUGUUGUGUGACAAAACUGCAGAUUUUAGAGUGGCCUUUUAUUGUCCCCAGCACAAGGUGCACCUGUGUAAUGAUCAUGCUGUUUAAUCAGCUUCUUGAUAUGCCACGCCUGUCAGGUGGAUGGAUUAUCUUGGCAAAGGAGAAAUGCUCACUAAUAGGGAUGUAAAUCUUUUUGUGCGAAUGGAACAUUUCUGGGAUCUUUUAUUUCAGCUCAUGAAACCUGCGACCAACACUUUACAUGUUGUGUUUAUAUUUUUGUUCAGUAUAAUUAGUGACCUUAAUUCAUCAAUCAAGUACAAGGGUGGAGCGAAAACCCACAGACACUCGGCCCUCUGUGGAAUGAGUUUGACACCCCUGCCCUAUGGCAUCGUUCUCAAGAACCUUAUUUGGUUCCAACUUGCACCUUUAUUUUUUAUUGUACAUUGAAAACCCAGAGCAUCCAUCCCCAUUCUUCUUAACUCUGAUGUUGAACUCUCUCUAACACCAACACUACUUAAUAAUCACAGCUGUUUGUCUAUUUCCAUCCCCUUCAGCUUUCAAGGGUGUUCUUGUUUUCACUGAUUUGAAACCUCUUCAGAUGAUUUCAGGCUUAAAAUGAUCAUACCUGUCUAACUAAAUUAGACCAGGGCAUGCAUCUAUCUCUAAGGUGUGUGGUGUGUGUGGUUAUUUCAUAUUUGGUUGUUAUGCGUUACCGUAUUGUGCUCAGCGGUGCUCAGACAAUUAACAGGUUUGCUGCCCUCCUCUCCUAAACGAGCAUAGCUACGAAAGGGACCCCUCACCCCUUCAUUGCAAAAAAAAUACAAAUGUUUUAAUUGUCACAAACACAGGAUAGGUGCAGGGAUAUAUGUUGUUUUACAGGGUCAGCCAUAGUAGUAGGGUUAAGUUCCUUGCUCAAGGACACAUCGACAGAUUUUUCACUUCGUCAGUAUUCGAACCAGUGACCGUUCAGUUACUGUCCCGAUGCUCUAACCACUAGGCUACCUGCCGCCUCAACUGCCUCAACCUGCCGCCUCAACCCCUCACACACAAACAAUUGUGACAAGAUUAUUAAUAAGAAAGAUUCAAACAUGUUUCAACUCACAAAUGUAAUGGAAUGUUGCUAUAUGUUCCCGCUUCAUAGCUUAUGUAAUAGCCUAACAUGAACGAACAGGUCAAUUCAUUUUUUACAUUUACCUAAUUAACGUAGACCCAAUAAACAAUGUUAUAAAGUGGUUCAUGUGUUGUGUUUAUAUACAGGCAUUAUAAACCCCCACCUUGACAGAUGAUAAACAGUGCAGGGGUCCAUUUAUUACAGUGGAUAUUAUAUUGUGGAGUGAAUUCCAUUAACACAGCUGUUUGGAAUUGAAUGAAUCAGACGUUCACGUGUUGUUGUAAUAAAUAAACUUGGUUGAAUGGUAAUUUUUAUAAUAAUAAAAUAAACACAUGUUCAUGCGUUCACACGUUCAACGGUUAAUUUAUGGCAUUUAUCACCCCUCAUAUGCGUGUGUGUACAGUUGAAGUCGGAAGUUUACAUACACUUAGGUUGGAGUCAUUAAAACUCGUUUUUCAACCACUCCACACAUUUCUGGUUAACAAACUAUAGUUUUGUCAAGUCGGUUAGGGCAUCUACUUUGUGCAUGACACAAGUCAUUUUUCCAACAAUUGUUUACAGACAGAUUAUUUCACUUAUAAUUCACUGUAUCACAAUUCCAAUGGGUCAGAAGUUUACAUACACUAAGUUGACUGUGCCUUUAAACAGUUUGGAAAAUUCCAGAAAAUGAUGUCAUGGGCUUUAUAAGCUUCUUGACAUCAUUUGAGUCAAUUGGAGGUGUACCUGUGGAUGUAUUUCAAGGCCUACCUUCAAACUCACUGCCCCUUUGCUUGACAUCAUGGGAAAAUCAAAAUAAAUCAGCCAAGACCUCAUAACAAGAAUUGUAGACCUCCACAAGUCUGGUUCAUGCUUGGGAGCAAUUUCCAAAUGCCUGAAGGUACCGCCAUAAAAAAGCCAGACUACGGUUUGCAACUGCACAUGGGGACAAAGAUUGUACUUUUUUGAGAAAAGUCCUCUGGUCUGUCCUCUGGUCUGGUGAAACAAAAAUAGAACUGUUGUUUGGCCAUAAUGACCAUCGUUAUGUUUGGAGGAAAAAGGGGAACGCUUGCAAGCCGAAGAACACCAUCCCAACCGUGAAGCAUGGGGGUGGCAGCAUCAUGCUGUGGGGGUGCUUUGCUGAAGGAGGGACUGGUGCACUUCACAAAAAAUUCAACCAACUUAUUGUGGGAAGCGUGUGGAAGGCUUCCCGAAGUGUUUGACCCAAGUUAAACAAUUUAAAGGCAAUGCUACCAAAUACGAAUUGAGUAUAUGUAAACUUCUGACCCACUGGGAAUGUGAUUAAAUAAAUAAAAACUGAAAUAAAUCAUUCUCUCUACAAUUAUUCUGACAUUUCACAUUCUUAAUAUAAAGUGGUGAUCCUAACUGACCUAAGACAGGGAAUUUUUACUAGGAUGAAAUGUCAGGAAUUGUGAAAAACUGAGUUUAAAUGUAUUUGGCUAAGGUGUAUGUAAACCUCCGACUUCAACUGUAGGUGUGUGUGUGUUCCUGGAGCAUAUCCCCCCUCUCUCUGUGUGGGUGUACUGUUUUGGACAGAUGUGAUGGAUCACUAGAGGGCUCAUGGUACAGGCUAGGAAGGGAAAUGGAUGGGGGGAGUAGGCGUACAACACAGACAUCUGCAUGUGUGAGUGGGAGAGAUGGCGUUUGUUUUGAAUAUAGGGUUUAUUUUUGGAGUCGUUCUGAGCCGCAUGCAGCCGCAGCGUUCCUCAGUUCUUGUCCUUUUUACCACACAUACAUCCACUUCCUGGUCCCUGGUCUCCCGUUGGCUGCUUCCAGUGACCUCUGACCUCUGACCUGUGUUUUCCCUGUAGGGUCAAACACAUGGUCCAUGGAGAGCAUGGUGAGGAGGAGACCGACCCAGCCCUGGCUGAAGGUUACCAGGAGGACGGAGACUGCCAUGGAGACUACUAUGAUAAAGACGGUUAUAGGUAUGGAACAACCACACGUAUUCUCACUCAUACACACACAUGUAUAGUACACACACACACUUACAUUUGCAUGUACGCACACACACAAAAACACAAUCACACACACACACUCGCUGACCAAAACCUGAUAUAGUUCCAUUUCAGCCGGGCUGGCGAAAUGUACCUCCAUUUUCACUUUCAAAGGGGUGUAUUAAAUACAAAGUAACCUUUUACACUCUAGAGAAGCUAUAUGCGUUUUUCCUAAAGUCUACUGAUUACAAUAAUACAUAAUAUGAUAUUAUUUACUGUGCCUGUCCCAUACACUGCUCCUACACAGCACAUGUGUGCCACAGAUAGGAGAGCAGAGGUGGGUGGCCUGCCAGUACAGGAGCUUACCUCCAAGCCCUCCAGAGAGGAUGUAGUCCAUGCUGUCAGCGAUUAAGGUCUGCGGUACACACACACACACACACAGAAACUCUUGAGAGAGAAAUCGAAUCAACCUCUACCUCAUCCUCUCCAUGUGGCCUUUGACGUUUCACAUACACUAUAUAUACAAAAGUAUGUGGACACCCCUUCAUAUUAGUGGAUGCGGCUAUCUCAGCCACACCCGUUGUUGACAGGUGUAUAAAAUCGAGCACACAGCCAUGCAAUCUCCAUAGACAAACAGUGGCAGUAGAAUGGCCUCACUGAAGAGCUCAGUGACUUUCAACGUGGCACUGUCAUAGGAUGCCACCUUUCCAACAAGUCAGUUCGUCAGAUUUCUGCCCUGCUAGAGCUGCCCCGGUCAACUGUAAGUGCUGUUACUGUGAAGUGAAACUUCUAGGAGCAACAACGGCUCAGCCGCAAAGUGGUAGUCCACACAAGCUCACAGAACGGGACCGGCGAAUGCUGAAGAAAAAUCUUCUGUCCUCGGGUUGCAACACUCACUACCGAGUUCCAAACUGACUCUGGAAGCAACGUCAGCACAAUAACUGUUCGUCGGGAGCUUCAUGAAAUGUGUUUCCAUGGCCGAGCAGCCGCACACAAGCCUAAGAUCACCAUGCUCAAUGCCAAGCGUUGGCUAGAGUAGUGUAAAGCUCGCCGCUAUUGGAAUCUGGAGCAGUGGAAACGCGUUCUCUGGAGUGAUGAAUCACGCAUCGCCAUCUGGUAGUCCGAUUGACAAAUCUGGGUUUGGCGGAUGCCAGGAAAACGCUACCUGCCCUAAUGCAUAGUGCCAACUGUAAAGUUUGGUGGAGGAGGAAUAAUGGUCUGGGGCUGUUUUUCAUAGUUCGGGCUAGGCCCCUUAGUUCCAGUGAAGGGACAUUUUAACGCUACAGCAUACAAUUACAUUCUAGACGAUUCUGUGCAACCAACUUUGUUGCAACAGUUUGGGGAAGGCCCUUUCCUGUUUCAGCAUGACAAUGCCCCCGUGCACAAAGCAAGGUCCAUACAGAAAUGGUUUGUUGAGAUCGGUGUGGAAGAACUUGACUGGCCUGCACAGAGCCCUGACCUCAACCCCAUCAAAUACCUUUGGAAUGAAUUGGAACGCUGACUGUGAGCCAGGCCUAAUCGGCCAACAUCAGUGCCCGACCUCACUAAUGCUCUUGUGACUGAAUGGAAGCUAGUCCCCGCAACAAUGUUCCAACAUCUAGUGGAAAGCCUUCCCAGAAGAGUGGAGGCUGUUAUAGCAGCAAAGGGGGGACCAACUCCACAUGAAUGCCCAUGAUUUUGGAAUGAGAUGUCCACAUACUUUUGGUCAUGUAGUGUAUAUGCAGAUUAGAUACAGUUGAAGAGGGGUCUUCAGACCAAGUGUCAUAGCCUUCAGAAUGCACACACACACACACUGAGUACAGGGCAUUCUGACAUACACUACACUACAUUGUUGUUUGUCUUUUGAAGUAUAGCCAAUACACCAGGGAUUAAUUAGAUUGUAUUAUCAGAAUGAGAUUUUCCCAGAAAGUAAUAAUUGUAUGCCAGAUUGCCAUAGGCAGUAUGAAGUAUGGAUUGUUACAGCACUCAGAGGAAAUUAAGCUUGCUCCCCUGGAAAAUAUCUUGCCUGUAGCUGAUCAAUGUAUUUGUGACUGAAGAUUACUGUAAUGACAAACGCUUGUAUGUUUCACUCACUGAACACCUUCCCCCCAACUCUGUAAUUUCUAUUUUUUCUCUCUCUCUGCUACCAUAGAAUGACGAGGAAAUCUAGCAGCUCUCCAUCUCCUCAACCAAAGAAGAGGAAGAAGAAGAAAUCUGGACGCAGAAGGAGUCGGUCAGUGGCCUCACUAGAUGAAUCAUUGCAUAUGUAUUGUGUGUGUGUGUAUUCCAUUUAAAGACGAAGAUGGGCAGGGACAUGGACACCGAUGUGAUGGUAGAUACCGAUUGGAAUUGAAAAAGAGUAAGUGAGCAAGAGAGUGGUCUGGAUGACAGACAGAGAGAGAGAGAGAGGCAGUGCUACAGAUGAAAGCGAGCGCGAGAGACCGACUGUAGGGAGAGAAGGAUACAGGUGAAUCGAGACUCGUACAACACAUAGAAAUCUCUGGCCGCUCUCAAGGACUCUUGGUGAGGAGAACUGGCAAAGUUACUAGAGGAAAUGUAAAGAAUAGAAUGGAGGGCUGGGUUCAUUGUUCUCUUAGACAGUACAGACAAUUCGCUGAAGAAAUAAUGUAUGAGUGGCCCUGCUAUAUCAUUAAUAAUGGCAAGGUUAGAGGUGUGCUUUGCUACAUUUUCUUAACAAUCUAUAAGCUUUAUUGUGUAGGACUGCUCUUCUUUCACUCUCUUCAUCUCCUUCUUUCUCUCUCUCUGUCUCUCUCUCUCUUUCUCCAUCCUUCCCUCCCUCUGUGCUGUCUCUCUCUCUCCUCUCUUUCUCUCUCUUUCUCCAUCCUUCCCUCCCUCUGUGCUGUCUCUCUCUCUCUCUCUCUUUCUCUCUCUUUCUCCAUCCUUCCCUCCCUCUGUGCUGUCUCUCUCUCUCUCUCUCUCUCUUUCUCUCUCUUUCUCCAUCCUUCCCUCCCUCUGAGCUGUCUCUCUCUCUCUCUCUCUUUCUCUCUUUCUCCAUCCUUCCCUCCCUCUGAGCUGUCUCUCUCUCCCCAUGUUUCCCCCAGGUUCGACAGCUCCUCUCCCUCCCGCAGAGAGAAGAAGAAGAAAAGUGGAAAGAAACACAAGCGAGACAGGUGUGUGUGUGCGCGUGUCUGCGCUUUUCAUGAACAUUCAUCCUCUAGGUUACUCAUAGAAUGUGAGCAUACCCUGAUGCUUUUCAGCCUGUUUUCAUAACAGGGGAAGGUGAUCAACUGAGGGACUAAAAAACAACAACAUAUUACCCCAAGGACACUUCACAGCAUAACUAUCCCAUAAAAAGAAAGAGGAUCACUCAGAAAUGCCCAUGUUUCACCAAACUCGAGCUCUGCCGUUACUUAGUACUGUACUUUCACCACUCACUGUCCUAUAGGCCCAAAUAGUACAGGAACCACAAAUAAGCUAUGUUUUCUAGAAAACAACAGACUAUAUGUGACGACUUGGUCUUAUGUAGAAACAUUUGAAAUUGUGAUUUUUACAUUGGAUAAAAGUCGAGACUCAGAGCUAGAAAAUUGUAUAUCGUACACUACAGUUGAGGAACAAUGGGAAAGUAAUUCUGCUUUGAAUGUUGAUAAACUUGUAACCUCACCUUUGAGAAAAUGGACCUUGAAUGUUUCGGUAAACCUACCGGAGAGCUCUUCUUUGUCUACACCCAUUCAGCAUUGUUCACACCCUCUUAAGCCUUAGCCCCACCCAUCUAAGGAUUCACAUGUGAGGCCAUGUACUAAACAACCAAAGAUUUCAAGACUAAAGGCUGGUUUAUACUACGUCUAUCGACAGUUGUCGCAGUGACAUCAUGAACAUUCUAUUGUUGUCCGACAUCAAACUUGUCAUUGUCGUUAUGAAAAAGUAUAAACACAAAAACUACAGACUGCAUGACAUCAGCAACCAGGUGGUCCAAAAUAGCAUAACUAGUGUAUUUUAACACCAAUAAACCCACCCGUUUAAAAAAAUGUAUUUAGUAUAUGUCAAUCUAGCAAACCAGACAACUAAAAGCAACUUUCUAAACAAUGUUUUGGUUCGUUUCUAGCUUGUUAGCUAGAUAGCUAAUGUUAAGUUAGCUGGCUAGCCAGUUCAAAUAAUGACCAUAUCAUAUAGCUGACAACGUCUUCACUUUAGCUCAUUUGUCUUCAUUAUUACAGGAAAAUAAUCUCACAACAAGAUCAUUAUUUACAAGUUAAUAGUGAGCCAAUAACAGAAAAUAGCUUACGGUUGUGAGUGUGACUAACUAAAAGCAGGGCAUUCUACCGGAUCAUUUUUGAACUUGGACACUGUCUCAUUGACCUAACGUUAUAUCCUAAUUUGACUUUGGUGCAGGUCAUGUUCUUCACAUUACCGUCUCUGGUAAACACAUACUAUAUCAAAUAAAAUCAACGUUUAUUUGUCACAUGCACAGGAUACAGAAGGUGUAGUGAAAUGGUUACUUGCAUAGUGGAGUCUUUUGUUUAGACAUGUAGCUAGCUAGCUAGCUAGCUAAACAAUUAACCAUAAUCCCAACUCAUAACGUUACUACCCUGCAUGAAUCUGCAGGUAGCUAACCAACCAGGUUCAAUGUUAGCUAGCUAGCUAACAUUGGGCUAUAACUCGCAAUGCAAAUGGCUCUGAGAUACGAAUAAUAUUAGUACACAGAUCAUACACGUAAUAAUAGCUAGCAAGCCAGCCAGCUAACGUUAGCUAGCUACAGUGAGGGAAAAAAGUAUUUGAUCCCCUGCUGAUUUUGUACGUUUGCCCACUGACACAUUUUAAUGGUAGGUUUAUUUGAACAGUGAGAGACAGAAUAACAACAAAAAGAUCCAGAAAAACGCAUGUCAAAAAUGUUAUCAAUUGAUUUUCAUUUUAAUGAGGGAAAUAAGUAUUUGACCCCUCUGCAAAACAUGACUUAGUACUUGGUGGCAAAACCCUUGCUGGCAAUCACAGAGGUCAGACGUUUCUUGUAGUUGGCCACCAGGUUUGCACACAUCUCAGGAGGGAUUUUGUUCCACUCCUCUUUGCAGAUCUUCUCCAAGUCAUUAAUGUUUCGAGGCUGACGUUUGGCAACUCGAACCUUCAGCUCCCUCCACAGAUUUUCAAUGGGAUUAAGGUCUGGAGACUGGCUUGGCCACUCCAGGACCUUAAUGUGCUUCUUCUUGAGCCACUCCUUUGUUGCCUUGGCCGUGUGUUUUGGGUCAUUGUCAUGCUGGAAUACCCAUCCACGACUCAUUUACAAUGCCCUGGCUGAGGGAAGGAGGUUCUCACCCAAGAUUUGACGGUACAUGGCCCCGUCCAUCGUCCCUUUGAUGCGGUGAAGUUGUCCUGUCCACUUAGCAGAAAAACACCCCCAAAGCAUAAUGUUUUCACCUCCAUGUUUGACGGUGGGGAUGGUGUUCUUGGGGUCAUAGGCAGCAUUCCUCCUCCUCCAAACACGGCGAGUUGAGUUGAUGCCAAAGAGCUCGAUUUUGGUCUCAUCUGACCACAACACUUUCACCCAGUUCUCCUCUGAAUGAUUCAGAUGUUCAUUGGCAAACUUCAGACGGCCCUGUAUAUGUGCUUUGUUGAGCAGGGGGACCUUGCGAGCGCUGCAGGAUUUCAGUCCUUCACGGCAUAGUGUGUUACCAAUUGUUUUCUUGGUGACUAUGGUCCCAGCUGCCUUGAUCAUUGACAAGAUCCUUCCGUGUAGUUCUGGGCUGAUUCCUCACCGUUCUCAUGAUCAUUGCAACUCCACAAGAUGAGAUCUUGCAUGGAGCCCCAGGCCGAGGGAGAUUGACAGUUCUUUUGUGUUUAUUCCAUUUGCGAAUAAUUGCAUCAACUGUUGUCACCUUCUCACCAAGCUGCUUGGCGAUGGUCUUGUAGCCCAUUCCAGCCUUAUGUAGGUCUACAAUCUUGUCCCUGACAUCCUUGGAGAGCUCUUUGGUCUUGGCCAUGGUGGAGAGUUUGGAAUCUGAUUAAUUGAUUGCUUCUGUGGACAGGUGUCUUUUAUACAGGUAACAAACUGAGAUUAGGAGCACUCCCUUUAAGAGUGUGCUCCUAAUCUCAGCUCGUUACCUGUAUAAAAGACACCUGGGAGCCAGAAAUCUUUCUGAUUGAGAGGGGGUCAAAUACUUAUUUCCCUCAUUAAAAUGCAAAUCAAUUUAAAACAUUUUUGACAUGCAUUUUUCUGGAUUUUUUUCUUGUUAUUCUGUCUCUCACUGUUAAAAUAAACCUACCAUUUAAAUUAUAGACUGAUCAUUUCUUUGUCAGUGGGCAAAUGUACCAAAUCAAUUAGGGGAUCAAAUACUUUUUUCCCUCACUGUAGCUAACAGUAUGCUUUAACUUGAAUUGAAAUGACAAAAUUAGAAAUGUAUAAUAUCUGAAAAUGUAGCUAGCUAGACUCUCUUACUCGUAUACAUGGAUGGACGCUUCUCCCUCUCUGUCACGGAUGCCAUGGUUGCCCUUAGUUUGAAAAUGUAAUCCUGAGACAGGUGUUUUAUACAACAGCCUUCUGUGUCUUCUCUUUUCGACUCCGUCUGCAUAUUUGCAAUGAAACAACAUAAUUUUCUCCAUCUCCUUAGCUAUCAUACUCUAAUUCCACCGGGCAUUCCACUGAUUUCAAAACUCGGCCCUCCAGAAAGUGGAGAGCAACACUUUUGCAGUUCUACUGUGUGAUAUCUUUUAAAAUAUCAGGGUUAGAAAGGAUUACCUACACAUACUGACCAGCUCAUGUUAUAGACAGAAGCGUGCUAUAUGGCAGACCAAACCGAACUCAUCUCUCGGCAUGUCCAUUCCAUCCAUUAUCUCAGCCAAUCAUUGCUAGCGGGAAGGUUCCUGUCUUUUUCCGUGGCUAAACCAACCAGGCUCGUAAAUACUUAACAAUUGUAUUAGUAUUUACAGAUGGCAUACACGUUUUGAAAUUUCACAUGUUCCAGAAGGCAUUUCUGCCAAAAAACUGAUUUUGAUUUUUAAAACGUUUACGUUCAAAUGCCUCUCCUGUGAAGUAGUGACGCACGACAUACACCUAGUUUCCUGAAACAAGUAAUCUAUUAUUGAUAAGGAUAUUGAGACGCAAAGUGAGAAGGAGGAUAUUGGAGAGGAUAUUCUUCCAGCGCAUUAAUUCAUUAUGGAUGAUGUUUAAUAAAACCUUGAAAAAAUGUUGCUUAUACUUUUCUUAAAGCAAUAAUUAUAGUGUCAGCACAAAAUGAAAAAGAGAAUGGAGAGAGAGAGAAUGAGAAAGAGAGUUCAGCAGAGAAUAAUACUGCUUCGCCCAGGGAUAUCAUAAGGACAAUAAGCAAUUCUAAAGAGCGCAUCCCUCCUCCCUUUUUUAUCUCUCACUCUUUCUCUCUCCUUCUCUAUUUCUCUCUCCCUAUCUCUCUCUCUCUCUCUCUCUCUCUUUAAUUAUCUCUGUCUUGUGGGGGCUAAACUCAUCCUUCUAAUAACCAAGCCUGUAUGAGAGCCGCAAAAUAAGAAAAAUGAGCCUCUCACCAAAUUGCAGAUCAUCGCUGUGCUGCCCCCCCCCCCCCCCCCCCCCCACACAAAACACACACACCCAACACCCCUACCCUCCUCACACUUAUAAAACUAUCCUCCUCCCCCUCUCUCCCCCCUUUAGCUUCUCUCUCUCCCCUCCUCAGAUUUCUCCAAACAUCCACUGCAUUGCAGGUAUUGUCUACACAUGAAUAAUGUAUGGUUAGAGAGAUAGGAGGAGAAGAAGGAGGUGGGUGCGUCCCUAGAGUUAGGUAGCCUCCUGUGAUAUGCUCUAUUGUGUGUGCCUGUUGGGGCAUUGGAGGAGGCGGUGGAGGGGGAGUGGAGCUUUUUGCGAUGCAGUUGUAACAAUCUGAACCGUAAGCUGCUAUGGUGUCCACACAACUCACUAUGUAACCACAGAAGAUUACGUUUUCUUUGGUUUGGGCUCCCGUUUGAAGUAUAGCAUAGGAGAAUAUUUCACCAAUUAGGAGAAACAGAGGGAGGAGAGCGAUGGAGGAGGGAGAGGAGAGGGUUAAUAAUGUAGGAUUCUAAGACUUGAUGGUAUGAAGAUAGUCAAGAACAAAAAAGACAAAGACUUGAAACCAAGUUCAGGAUAUUUAAUAAUGACUGGUCGUGGAAAAGAGCACUACAAACAUAGGCUUUUGUCUGAACACACUAUAUACAGAGGAGGCUCUCCCUCCUUACAUCCUGAGGCUAACCCAACUUAAACAGGGAAUAGGGUGCCAUUUGGGACACAGCCAUGGUCUCAUAAGCUAGACGCCACAGCACUUCUUCACUGGCCCUAUAUCACUCCGACAGCUUUAUUGGUCUCUUUCUCUUCACUAGCACAGACCAGGAUGAAUGAACCUGACAUGGUUUUUGUGUUCCUCUCUCCUUGUGCUACAUGUGCCCAGGUGUAUUAGAUGUUUGUGUCUGUGUCCACAUAAGGGGAAUACAGUGUUGUGUAAAAAGAGGGAAAAGAAGAGCUCUUGUCGUCCAGUCUGACUAAUCACCGUGGCAACGGUAGUGUGAACGUACAAAGGACUUUGAAGUACUGUAUGUAGUCAGUCAAGCAUUGAGGAACGCGUCUAUAUCCCCUCAAUAAGGUCUAGAGAGAUGGUCAGGCUAACUGGAGUUCAGUGUGUGUGUAACAGAGGUUUAAUCAUUCGAAUAAAAAUAAUAUAUGCCGUUUAGCAGACGCUUUUAUCCAAAGCGACUUACAGUCAUGCGGGCAUGCAUUUUAUGUACGGGUGGUCCUGGAAAUUGAACCCACUAUCCUGACAUUGUAAGCACCAUGCUCUACCAACUGAGCUACAGAUGACUCAGGUUUCACCCUCUCUCUUUCUCUGUAGGUCGACGUCUGGUUCCAGGAGAAAGAGGAGAUACAGGUGGGUAUGCAGAUCAAUAAAGUACUCUAUGUACUGUAUAUUCCACAUCACAUAGGCAUUACAGUCAGGGAUACUAGGUCAAUGCCUGCUUGUUACAGUGCACGUACCUUGUUACCUGUUUAAAGAAGAUGCAUCAAUGUGUUUCCCUUUUCAGAUCGGGUAGCCCAAAGAACAAACAGAAAGACAAGAACAAAACCAGAAAGAGGUAAUGAGGUCCCCUUUUUAAAAAUAAUCUAACAAUAAUGGACACUGAACUGAGAAGAUGUUAGAUGUUCCGCAGACUUAAGUAUAAUCUUUGACAGAAACAUACAGUAUCUAAAUAAAUUGAUACAUGCCACAAGCUUGAAUGGUGUCAGUCUUGUUUAAUUGAAAACUCUGUUGUGUACGUGUACAUUUACGUGCAUGUGUGUGUGUGUGCUCGUGUGUGUGUGUGUGCGUGCAUCCGCCUGUCCGAAUGUUUUUGUUUGUGUGUGUGCUUGCGGGCGUGUGCGCGUCUGUACGUGUGGGUGCGUGUGUGUGUGCGCCGUUUUUGUGUGUGUGUGUGUGUGUGUGUGUGUGUGUGUGUUUCCCACAGGUCCCCAGUAGAGUCCCCCAGUAGGACGUCUCAGCGUAGAGGCAGCUGCUGUAGCUCCCGCAGUGCAUCACACUCCUCCACAGACCACAGCCCCUCCAAGUCCCCCGGCAGGUAGGACUCCCAGAACCACAAAAAAAAGCCCCCCCCCCCCCCUUAGAUGCAUGCCUUCACUGUAUCACACACCCUUUAAUCAGACUCUGGUCUAUUGAUGUAACACUGAUUAAGGUUUGCAACAGCUCUGCUAGAGAUCCAUGAUUAUUAUUUGAUCAGAAUGUAGUUGAUGGUAAUUGACUCAUGACUGACUAGUUGAAGAGGUCAUGAUAGCCUAGACUAUGCUGUUGAGUCUUAAACAGCCUAUAGCUAGUAUAGUAUACUCUUGAGUCUGAGUCAUUUCAGCAGAUUGGUUCAGUACUCCUGUCUGUCUGUCCGUCUGUCCCUCCAGGCCCAACUCCAAGCUCAAGACAGACGGACACAAAGCCUGUGUGAGCCCGUCCCCGUCUCCCGGUCCUGGUGGUCCUGACGGUCCUGUCACGUGGCACAACGGGCACCACCACCAAGGCCGCGCCCGCAAUGGCAAAGCCGGCAGACUCAACCACAAUCAUGUGGCCGAUGGCGACAAAGGGCAAGAUGUAUGUAGUCUCCUCUAUCUCGCCCUACCACCUUCCCCUCCCUAACCCCCCCUACACUCAAAUGGUAACCUCCACACUGUCUCCAUCUCCUAUGAACAUGACUUCUCUUCUUUGUGUCGGUUUGUGACAUUUUCCCCUCUCUCUUUAUGUGUGUACUAUUAUAGAAUUACUCUUCUUUUAGUUAUUCCUGUUUUUGCAGGGUCGUUUUUGUUACUCAGUAUAUCUACCAACCACCUUUGUCCUCCUGUGCAAUCUUGCUGCCACUGCUUAUUUCUGGCACUACUUUGAUACUUAUACCAUCUCAACAUUCUUUUGACGUAACUGGUUAGAGGGAGGGAGGGAGGGAUGUUUGAGUCAUACGUAUGGAACGUUGAGUUUGCUGUGGCCUGAUCUGUUUGUGCUGCCUUGCCUCCUAUGGUCAUUUCCACGCCAAGACAGCACAAACAGAUCUGGGACCAGGCUAAGUUUGCUGAGGAUAAGAGAAAGAAAAAUGACUGAAUAUGAUCAAUUAAUCUCUGGCCCAAGUGAAUGUUUGCAUGGCACAUGUUAUGGACCGGUAAUAUGGAGGUUUACUAUUAGGAUGUGUCCAAAAUGACACCAUAUUCCCUACAGUGCAUUCGGAAAGUAUUCAGACCCCUUGACUUUUUCCACAUUUUGUUACGUUACGGCCUUAUUCUAAAAUGGAUUAAAUUAAUGUUUUUCCUCAUCGAUCUACACACAAUACCCCAUAAUGACAAAGCGAAAACAGGUUUUUCGAAAUGUUUUCAAAUGUAAUAAAUAUAAAAAACAGAAAUACCUUUUUUACAUAAGUAUUCAGACCCUUUGCUAUUAGACUCGAAAUUGAGCUCCGGUGCAUCCUGUAUCCAUUGAUCAUCCUUGAUGUUUCUACAACUUGAUUGGAGUCCACAUGUGGUAAAUUCAAUUGAUUGGACAUGAUUUGGAAAGGCACACACCUGUCUAUAUAAGGUCCCAAUGUUGACAGUGCAUGUCAGAGCAAAAACCAAGCCAUGAGGUCGAAGGAAUUGUCCGUAGAGCUCCGAGACAGGAUUGUCUCGAGGCACAGAUCUGGGGAAGGGUACCAAAAUAUGUCUGCAGCAUUGAAGGUCCCCAAGAACACAGUGGCCUCCAUCAUUCUUAAAUGGUAGAAGUUUGGAACCACCUAGAGCUGGCCGCCCGGCCAAACUGAGCUGUCGGGCGAAAAGGGCCUUGGUCAGGGAGGUGACGAAGAACCCAGAGUUCCUCUGUGGAGAUGGGAGAACCUUCCAAAAGGACAACCAACUCUGCAGCACUACACCAAUCAGGCCUUUAUGGUAGAGUGGCCAGACGGAAGACACUCCUCAGUAAAAGGCACAUGACAGCCCGCUUGGAGUUUACCAAAAGGCACCUAAAGGACUCUCAGACCAUGAGAAACAAGAUUCUCUGGUCUGAUGAAUGCCAAGCGUCAUGUCUGGAGGAAACCUGGCACCAUCCCUACGGUGAAGCAUGGUGGUGGCAGCAUCAUGCUGUGGGGAUGUUUUUCAGCGGCAGGGACUGGAAGACUAGUCAGGAUCGAGGGAAAGAUGAACGGAGCAAAGUACAGAGAGAUCCUUGAUGAAAACCUGCUCCAGAGCGCUCAGGACCUCAGACAGGGGUGAAGGUUCACCUUCCAACAGGACAACGACCCUAAGCACACAGCCAAGACAACGCAGGAGGGGCUUCGGGACAAGUCUCUGAAUGUCCUUGAGUGGCCCAGCCAGAGCCCGGACUUGAACCUGAUUGAACAUCUCUGGAGAGACCUGAAAAUAGCUGUGCAGCGACGCUCCCCAUCCAACCUGACAGAGCUUGAGGGGGUCUGCAGAGAGGAAUGGGAGAAACUCCCCAAAUACAGGUGUGCCAAGCUUGUAGCGUCAUACCCAAGAAGACUCAAGGCUGUAAUUUCUGCCAAAGGUGCUUCAACAAAGUACUGAGUAAAGGGUCUGAAUACUUAUGUAAAUGUGAUAUUUCCAUUUUUUUUUAUUUUAUACAUUUGCAAACAUUUCUAAAAACCUAUUUUUUUAAUAUUUUUUUUUCAUUAUGGGGUAUUGUGUGUAGUUUGAUAAGGGGAAAAAACAUUUUUAAUCAAUUUUAGAAUAAGGCUGUAACGUAACAAAAUGUGGAAAAAAGUCAAGGGGUCUGAAUACUUUCCGAUAGGGCUCUGGUCAGAAGUAGGGCACUAUGUAGGGAAUAGUGUGCCAUUUGGGACAGAGCGUCAGACACCCUGGGUUUGCUUAUGGGCUGGAAACUCUUUGGUUUUUGUUAGGCAGCCAGCUCCUGCAGUGAUGAAAUGGUGAGAGCUCACUUCUGAAUCAGUUUAGCCAGGGAAAGGAAACAAUUAAUACUUUAUAAGUUUGUUUUUGCUACAGCUCCCUCAAAUGUAAUAAAAUAUGAAACAGGAGGAGGCUUAUGUAAAAAGUACUUAUUAAUAGUUAUCAUGAAGGCCCUGUUAAAUGUUUUUGAUAUGCUGUAGAGUUUACUACAUUUUGAAAAUGUUAGUCAAGAGUUGUCAUUUGAUCAUGCUGAUGGUAAUGCAUGAUACCAGCCAUCAAUACAACCAUCUGUAGCUGACUGAUCUAACAAUCAAAGAUGGAUGUAAUAAUUUAGGUCUCAACGAUGCUAUUUUUACAUCUGAACUCAACCAGUUCUAUCUUAUAUUGUCAUAUGAGAAUGAUGUUAACUGGUUUGGCCUGUGAGAUUGUGUGGUGAUUUGAACUGAGCCUAAUUUAUCCAAUUUCCAAUGCUUCUAGUUUCUACACGUGAUUGGUUUCAAUUUGGUUACACAUUCAACUCUAGUGCCACCAAAUGCCUCAGUACAGUCACUAAAGGAGGCUAUAACAUGGAUGUAAUUGCUCAGAACUGAAUGAGCGACAGAGAAGUCAUUGCUGCACUGGUACAGUAGCAAGAAUGAUAGGGGUAUAAAAAGUGAAUGUAUAAUUGCUAGGUAUUUAUCACUGAAGCUAACCAGACAUGUUGUCUAGAUUACUCAGAAUUGAUUUUGUCUUCUGUCAUUCUUAUUCCUCCCUAACUGUCUCAUUUGGAACUGUUUCCAUGCUUUGGCUCCUUUGAAAACGGUAACCCCUCCUAACCUGCUUUAUUUUGAUCUAUCUGUGAAACAACCUCAAAGAACGACAGACUGACUAUACUGUUAUGUUUUAAAUCACUAUCUGUCAAUCAUCACCCUAAUCUCCCUACUAUAGAUGGAUCCUUAGAACUGAGGUAGCAUUUUGCGUUUGAAUCUAACUGAAUCUAACUACAAGUGUGCUCUGCUAACAAAACAACAGACAUCAUUUAGACCAAAGGCGAUAGCCAUUACUGUUUCACUUUCACUGCUGACUAAGCAACUAAAUGAGGUGUAGAACAGCCUCCGAAAACAUUCUGUCUAGAGUAAUGAAUUACAGAUGAUGCUAUCUCCUUCGAUUUCCUUUCCUCCUCGAGCUUGCAUGUGUUUAUGAGAAAGAUCUCACCUGCUCUAUUUGUCUGUCUAUCUGUCUGUAUGUGUCUGUCUGUCUGUCUGUCUGUCUGUCUGUCUGUCUGUCUGUCUGUCUGUCUGUCUGUCUGUCUCUCUCUCUCUCUCUCUCUCUCUCGCUCUCUCUCACUGCUUGUAUUCAUUUAUGACUGUUUUAUUUUCUGCUUUUUAUCGAUUUGAGUAGUAUUUACCUCAUGAAAUCAAUGCCCAAUGCUCCUUUUCUGUCGUUUAUGUAAAAAGCACUCAUAUGCUUUGGAACUGGACCAAGUAGGUUAACUGGGUAUGUGUACUAUUAGUUCUUCUUGUCAAUACAGUCUUUAUAAAGCACAAUGUUUUGCUCAGUGAUAGUUAGCCCCUUCCUUCAGAAGUCUGAGAGAGCUCCCAGACAUCAGGUGUACAACAACCCCUUCUCUCUCUCUCUGUAUUCUCUCUAUUUUCUCUAUUCACUUCCUGUUUACUACUUCCUGUUUACUGUAUCAUGUGACCUGCAUGUUGUCUCUAGGUGGCAGUAUCACUUCUGUCAGACUGUCCCUGAUGUUGAUAUACAGUAUAUUCUGUAUCUCUAUGUGUUCCAAGUCACUGGGGAUUGGCAAGGGGAGUCUCAUGCGCCAUUGUUGCAUAAUGACGCUCAGUGUUUGGAGAUUUGAGCCAAUCGGUUGUGUUGCGGUGAAUGUAAAAUUGCUAGGUGUUUAUCACUGAAGCUCAAAUCUGUCAACCUUUUGACAAUUCAUCCUAUACCAUCAGCCUUAAACAGGUUUUUGGUUCACGAGACCUCUCCUGUCAAUCUCCACAUACAGGGGAAUUAUUGUGUCUCUCCCUUGCUGAAAAUUCAUCAGUGCUCAGACUCCUUGUGUAUUUGGGAGGUUGCUCGCUCAAUAUUGUUCAUUUUGGAUACCGAACCUUUCUGGGAGAUCAUAGAUCCAACAGAAGCUAGAUAAUACUGUAGUAUCUCUAUGGUUAGCACAUAUGCAGCAGCAACUUGGUUCUUUUCUGUCUCUUCUGUUUCUACAUCUCAGUUUGUCCUUCUGAUUCUGUCUGUAGUUUUCUUGUUCCAGGGUAAAUGGAUAUCUGCUAACAUACAAAAAACAGUGAUACAAAUCUUGAAACUAAAUAGGACCACACACAACAUUUAGUAACAUUGGUAUUUUAAAGGGACCCAAGCCAUUUUGAAUGCGAGUGCCGUAUUUAAUUUCCCCUUUGUAUUGAUAUUGAUAUUGAUAUGUUCAGUACCACCCUCCCCAAGGCUCACUGUACUGUUCGUUUUACAAGGCUUUAAAUUCACCAAGAAUCACCCUUUUAUUCUGACUCAAUAACAAUCGCCUUGUACUAACAUGGGGCACUGUAACAACCCUGGUGCAUUGCUGAGCCCAAAAGGAAUAUGUAAGAAGUGAAAGAGGCCACAAUGUGCUUUCUGAGACGGUUUUGAUAGCUUUCGUAAACCGCAAUGGGUAUUGUUCUCUUGUUGAAGAAUAUAUUUUCCAAAAUGUGACUGGGGUCCCUUUUAAAUGUGCUGACUCUACUAGUUGUCCAGUCUAGCGGUGACUGCCCAGCCCUCAGCUUCCCUCCUUCCGACACUCCUCCCCUCUAUCUGUCCAUCCGUGUUGUGUGUGACACCAUCUUUCUUGCCCUCUGUUGUCCUGACAUGCUCAUCUCCCUUCUUCAAUUGUCUGUCAUAUGCCAGCUUUGCAUGCCCUUCCUUCUCUCCAUCCAUCCCUCCUUCCUUCCUUUCCUCUAGCAAUUCUAUCUUAACAAUGGAUUUCAUUUUGUUUCAUGAAUCACUCUAUUCACUUACCCAACCUUUACCCACCUCUCCCUUUUGAUGGAACCAUGGCUGCAUUUGAACAAGCGAAAAAGACAGCAAAUCAUUGUAGUUUUUAGAUUCAUUUUUUAACCUUUAGUUUGAUUUUGAUUUUAAGUGUUGGUUUUGUUUGUCCAUUUUCUUUUGUUUUUUUGUUGGCUUGUUUACCUUCUCCUUCUUAGUCUCUGGAAGAAGUUGGUAGCGUUGAUACUAAAAGAGGUUCAUUGUCUUUUUCCCAUUUCGCUGCGGAGAACAUUCCUUUUUUUCUUUUUUUCUUUCUUUCUUUUUUCUUCCUUUUCUUUUUUUGUUGAUAUUGCAUACGUGUCACUGAUUGAAAUGGAAGGUAGGUAACGCUCUGCCUUGGCACGUGGUCUUUCUUUAUGCAGAUAUGAGAAUGUCAGAAGCCUCUAGCUUGAUGUCAAUGUUUCCUUGUCUCCCUUUCUAUGAUUUAACCACCAGGGAACUUUAUCUUCAGUUAUACUUUGCUGUUAAGAUUUGGAUUAGAGUUGAUCGUUUUUUCCUCUAACCUUCUCAAACGUUCAUACUGAAUUCAGUCCAAUAUCCCGCCCAAUCAAUAUAUAUAUCAAGCAGGCCCAUUUCUUUGUCCUCUUCUUUCUGUUUUGGUAGAAUGCAUUUAUUCCUGUUUGUCCAGCAUCUCUCUGUUCACUUGGUGAAAUAGUUACAUUCGUCUUAUGAUUUGAUCAUAUUUAUUUCCUCGAUGGCUGUUUCUAACAACUGUCAUCAUCUGCGUCAGUGGUUGUGUUUUCUUAUUUCUACAGCUUAGUCCUUUGUUUGUUUUGUGGAGAAGGGUUGAAUAUUUCUGUUGAUUUCAAUGAAGAGUCCCUGUUUUAGUCGUAAUUCAACGGUCAGCGUUUACAGGAGAGAAGGUUAAUGCAUGCAAGAGAACUCGCUGUGUUUUGAUAUUUACCUGCUUUGACAUUUGACCUGCCUUUAUAUCCCGGAGACACAACUGCUCCACACAAAUAUCUGCACUCACAAUACUUUGUGAAACCCCUUGCCCUGUGUACACUGCUAUUACAGAAUAUGCCUGCAUCCUAGUUCAAUGUCCUCAGCAUACCUUAUCUCUCAACAUCGACCACUUGCUUAAAAGCCUCCUACUGAAGUUGGUCUACCAAACACAUUUGUGUUUAUAAUGAUACUGUAGUUUUAAGAAUCCCAUCAAUAAAUGUCUAGAAGUACACAAUAUUUUCAGAGGUUCUGUUCUCGCAGAGGACUGUUGCUUUUGCUACAGUUAAAUUGAAUAGUACAGAUUUUUUCAUAUUAAUGGAUAUUAUUAAAACAGAGAACUAAAACAGAUCUCGACAGAGCCAAUUAAAAUGUCAUAUGCCCGAGGCUUAAAGGGGAAGCGCAACCCCACACUGACAAGGAAUGCCUUGGUUUGAACAAACUGUAACCUAAAAUACAGUACCUGGGGGUUGAACUCCUAAACGUAACUCUCUGGAAGCCCUAAACUUAAAGGUAGACUCAGCGAGAUGACAUUGCCAGGAGCAGCACCGCAGAUAUUGAGAUGAGCGAGAUGCAAGACUUUGCUCUCACACAGUCACACACAGUAUCUGCGCCUGUGCACGGGUUCGCUUCACGCCGUUCACAGCGUGGUCGCCAGGGCACCAAAACCGCAGAGAAGUUGAGCCUCUCGCUUCAACGCUCUUAGUUGUUGCAGAAAUUGACCCACUAUGCUGUUUACUUUCUGCAUCUCUGUCAUAUCGCUGAGUCUACUUUAAACGCAAUGGUCAUUCACACAGACUGUCUGCCCUGCCGUCUGGUGGAGUGGGCUGGGCAGGAGAAGGAAUGAUCUGGAAGAUGUAGCUACUCUCGGUGUGUACAUUGUGUUCCCUGAACAUUGAGAAACAUCGAGAAAAAUCCUCACAUCGGUUCCCUGAACAUUGUGGUGUGUUCUUUCCUCUUUUCUUCUUGAUUUAAUUUCAGUUGAUUUCCAUGCAUUGUCUCAUGCCUCACUCUGCCAGGGAAGGGUUUUGUGUCUUUUUCUCUUGCAUUUUGUGAAAUCUAAUGAUGCACUUAUGUUGCCCCACUUUUCCCUUUUCUUCAUACCUUACCUACUAAAGGAGGGAAUGCCACUUUAUUGGUAAGUGGAUGUUAACCAAAAGGGAGUUAAACAAGAGUAACGAUUUUUUUUUUAAACAACAGAAAAAAAUAAAAUGGGUCGCUGUUCACAUCUCAGCAAGUGUCUACUACAGGGAAAAAAAAAUCCACAAAGAGAAAAUUAUUGAGUAGCAGACGAUUUGUUUUUCUGAUUCGAUUUGACUCUAUAAUUGUUCCUUGACUAUUUUAUUUUGUUCCUUCCAUUUCUGUGAUGUUCUGUCAAGUUGUCUACUCUUUUUUUUUCACAUUUGUUUUUGAACCAUUACUAAAACUUGAAGAAGUCCUCCUUUUCUACUCUACAAAGUCUGUAGCUCUGUACUCUCUUCUCUCUCUGCUCUUUAACUUCAUUUGGGACAUAAUAAACACAAAAAAAUCCCUUUUCUCUUCUAGUUCUUUUUGUUUCUUUUCGGAAUUUAUGAUUUCUUCGACUCAUUAUAGUUUUGCAUGCCAAGUAUUGCAUGCGCUGCACCAUAGAGGACUGUCUAUAAGCCAUAUCGAGAAAAAACCUAGAUAUUUUCUUUUAGAUGUUGACCCUCUUUUGCCAAGUACACCGUAGCGCUCAAACACUCCACUGUGACAAACUCUAAGGCCUUUUUUCUAUUUUUUCCCCUUUUUUUUCUUUUUCUUUUGUUGGUUGUCAUUUCUCUACAGAAGCUGAGAAUGCUGACUGCUGCUACUCCGGGCGAGCAGUCGACCAUGAUGCUGCCUCAGCUGAGAGGAGGAGAGCACAAGACCCACGAUGCCCUUUACAGGACCCCAGGAGGAGGUACUGCAACUCAGGCUGGAGAGGCCCUACAUGGAGAGGGAAGGCAGACGAUGGGGUCGUCGGGCAGACGGGGAGGUCACAGUAGUCACAGAGCUCAUGGGAAGAGCUCCCAUUCGCCGGCUCACAGCAGUGACUCCGCCCACUCUCAACGUAACCUGCAUCCUCACAGAGGGAAAAGCUCUCACCGGAAGAAGUAAGCAGAGAGAUUCGACCACCCAUACUGACAUAAUCUUUACAUGUCCUGUCCUUGGCAGGUGUUGUCUUCAAUCAAUUAAAUCAAAUAUAUUUAUAAAGCCCGUUUUACAUCAGCAGUUGUCACAGUGCUUAUACAGAAAUCAAGCCUAAAACCCCAGUGAGCAAGCAAUGCAUAUGUAGAAGCACGGUGGUUAGGAAAAACUCCCUAGAAAGGCAGGAACCUAGGAAGAAACCUAGAGAGGAACUAGGCUCUGGGGGGGUGGCCAGUCCUCUUCUGGCUGUGCCGGGUGAAGAUUAUAAGAGUACAUGGCCAUUAAGGCCAGAUUGUUCUUCAAGAUGUUCAAACGACCAGCAGGGUCAAAUACUAAUCACAGUGGUCCGGGACAAGGUUGUCUCCCCUUCUUUUAUGUUCACUGUGUUUGGUGCUUGGUCUGCUGUCCAGGGCACAGUCCCACGCACUUCACUUUUCACUCUUAUUCUCCUGGCUUGUGCUAUGCUAAGAUUAGCUAAGUAGAAUGAAAACAGGUUGAUCGCUUUGAGAACUAAACAACCUGUUAGGUGAUCUUCUAAUGUGGCACAUGUCACAAAAAAAUGAAUGAUGCACUUAUUUGCCUCACUUUCCCAUUUCUUCAUACCUUGCCUACUAAAGGUAUCCAACAAUCUUGACCCCCAUCCUUCCUCUGUUACCAAUAAUCAAUCGAUACUAAUUUAUCCAUCUACCUCAAGGACUAAAGGGUGCCACUCGUCCAAGCGGCAUCACCAUGGGGUUCGGGGACAGGCCCAUCACCAGAGCCAGUCUGCCUCUCCAGGGCGGCACCGCCACACGUCUGCGUCAAGCAGGAAGAAGAGUGAGUCUCGGGGGCGCGGUGGCGUGGGGGUCCGGCAGCGUAGCAGCUCCUGGAGCUCCGGAAGCUCUUCAUCACGCUCCGUCUCCAGAGAGAGAGGCCCCAGCAAGGCCAAGUCCCCCCACCCCCACGCCAGACAGAACAACUCCAGGUGACCGCUUACAGAAGGGUUACUUAUUGGUCUAUGAAUGAUAGUUAACCUACCACCAAGAGGGGCUACUGGCUUUCCUGCAUACCUGACCCAGAAGGCCAGAUUACACUCUUGGUUUUGGAUUAACUAGAAACUUUUGCAACUUUGUUCUUGUUACCCAGUGAUUUAUUUAGACACGAACAUUACUUUUCUCAUAUAUUCAUUUUUUCUGUCCAGUACAUGACAAUUUGAUGCGCAUAUUUUCCUUUCUCCACUAGGGAGAGAGACAGCCCUCACCACUCUGAUGCUGACCGUGCUCGCCGUCGCUCCAGGAGCUAUUCUCCCAUCAGGAAAAGGAGACGAGACUCUCCCAGCUUCAUGGAGGCUCGCAGGAUCACCAGGUAA